AUGUGUGUAUCCCUCCGCCCCCACACAGAGCGGCCCCUUAUAAAGGCCCCGUCCUCACAGGGCCCCUCACUCAGGCCCUCGCCUCUGCUGCAGCUGCACCUCUGCUCACAGGGACCACUACUGCCCAGAACCACGAGCACAGGGACCAGAGCGGACCACAGGGACCACAACAGCCCAGAACCACUGCUCACAGGGAUCACUACUGCACAGAACCUUGGACCACAGGGAUCAUCACUGUCCAGAACCUUGGAGCACAGGGACCAGCACUGUCCAGAACCUCGGAGCACAGGGACCAGCACCACUGACCACAGGGAUCAGCACUGUCCAGAACCUCGGAGCACAGGGACCAGCAUGAGGCGCUGUGUGGGACUCCUGCUGGCCUGUCUGUGGGCGUCGGCUGCUGCCGGAGACGGAGAGGAUUGCAACAUCUGCAUCCGUCUGAAGCCUCUGGAGACACACACACAGCCGUCUGAGAAAGAGGCCGAGGCCCGCCUGAGGACCAGGGGCAGGGUCCUCAGGCGUACUCUGUGGGGACUGGAACAGAGUACGCCUGAGGACCAGGGGCAGGGUCCUCAGGCGUACUCUGUGUGCUGCCAGCAGAGGGCGGUGCAGCUGAGUGUGAUUGACAGAUGGACUUAA